AUGGCAUCUGAAUCGACGGGAACACAUAAGGACCCGGUGACGGGCGAGAUGAUUUCCAAGACGGAGCUUAAACGCCGUGAAAAGCAGCGCGAGAAGGAGGCAAGGAAGGCAGAGAAGGCGGCUGCUGCCCCUCCGAAGGACGCAGGCGAGCCCAAGGUGGACGGGCCAAACGAAGAUGAUCUCAACCCUAACCAAUACUUUGAACUGCGUUCGCGAGCCAUCCAGAAGCUACGUGAAACGCAAUCUCCCAAUCCAUACCCUCACAAGUUCGAUGUUUCGACAUCCAUCGUGUCAUUCAUCGAGAAAUUCAGUGUGGAGGGCAAGAUACAACCGGGCAAGAAGCUUGAAGGCGUCACCGUAUCAAUAGCAGGCCGUAUCCACACCAAGCGUCCAUCGGGCCAGAAGCUCAUAUUCUACGAUCUGCAUGGAGAAGGCAAGAAAGUGCAGAUCCUAGCAAAUCAGAGAGAUGCUGCAAAUCCCGACACUUUUGUGGCCACUCAUGAUAUCUUCCGUCGAGGUGAUGUCGUCGGUGUGGUGGGUACACCUUGUCGAAGUCAGAAGGGAGAACUGUCCAUUGCACCAUCUGAGAUGGUACUCCUUGCCCCCAACCUCCACCAGCUGCCCUCCGCCCAUUUCGGUCUGAAGGAUCAAGAGACCCGGUACAGGAAGCGUUACCUCGACCUCAUCAUCUCCGACGAAACUCGUCGCAUAUUCGUCACUCGCAGCCGCAUCAUCAAUUACGUCCGCCGUUUCCUCGACAACCUCGGGUUCCUCGAGGUCGAAACACCCAUGACGAGCAUGAUCGCUGGCGGAGCUACCGCCAAGCCGUUCGUGACUCACCACAACGAUCUUGACCUCGAUCUCUACCUCCGGAUAGCCCCAGAACUUUACCUCAAGCAGCUUGUCGUUGGAGGCCUUGAUCGCGUGUACGAGAUCGGGAGGGUGUUUAGAAACGAAGGUAUUGACCUCACGCAUAACCCGGAGUUUACUAUCUGCGAGUUUUAUAUGGCAUAUGCGGAUAUGUAUGACAUCAUGGACUUGACCGAGAGCAUGGUCGAGGGCUUGGUCAAGUACCUCACCGGUGGAAACACAACGCUGAAGUAUCAGCCUGAGGGCAAGGACGGAAAGGAAUACGAGCUCGAUUUCAAGACUCCAUGGAAGAGGUACGACAUGAUCGGCACUUUAGAGGAGAAGCUCGGUGUUAAGUUCCCACCGGGUGAUACGUUGCAUACUGAUGAGACUAACACGUUCUUGAGGGAACUGUGCAAGAAGCACAACGUGGACUGCAGCGAGCCACGGACAAACGCCCGAUUGCUUGAUAAGCUUGUCGGAGAGUACAUCGAGCCUCUCUGUAUCUCCCCUGCAUUUAUCGUUGGCCAUCCCCAAGUUAUGUCGCCUCUUGCCAAAUGGCAUCGAUCCCGACCUGGUCUCUGCGAGCGGUUCGAGGGCUUUAUGUGUGGCAAGGAAUUCUGCAAUGCCUACACUGAAUUGAACGAUCCAUUUGAACAAAGACUUAGGUUCGAAGAGCAGUUUAGGCAAAAGGAACAGGGUGAUGACGAGGCACAGGCUAUCGAUGAGACAUUUGUUGACGCUCUCGAGCACGGUCUUCCUCCCACAGGAGGAUGGGGAAUCGGUAUCGACCGUCUGGUCAUGUUCCUAACAAACUCGACAAAUAUCAAAGAAGUAUUAUUAUUCCCAGCCAUGAAGCCCAUAGAAAACGCAACGAACACAUCCGGCGCUGCACCUGGACCUGCGGGUCAGGUUUAGAGGUCAUCAAAGGCCCAUCAAAACGUAGAUUUGUAACAGUAAUAUCUUCGAUGUAUUUCCUAUCACAGCUUCAUAAAAGUCUGUUCUACUUACUCAUACUUUACUUACAUCGGAAUAUUACUGGAGUCCCAAGUAUCGUACUGUGUCUUGCGAUGAAUCCAUCACGCUCAUUCUUGACUUAUCUGAUAUAUGAUGUACGCAGAAAUCACAGACAUGGAGACCGAGUCUUU